AAGAACAUUUCUUACUCAAGGGGGCACAACAAAAAGAAAAUAUUCAUUAGAGAAUGCGUGAAAAACAGCGAUUUCGCCCGGUGACUUUCUUCAAAUUCCUAGCUUUAUUUCUCGCAGUUGGACUUGCGGAUGGAUUAAGAGAUGAUUUGCCACAAACUUAUGAAGCCGAAGUAGACAAUGUUGCCGCCUUGGAGAGAAAUCAAAGAUCGUUCCGAUAUGACGUAUACGGUCCGGGAAGAAGGUCAAGCUACCAGAAUGACGACAGCAAUCUUUGCAUUCCAAUGUGCGCCAACGGCGGAACUUGUGUUAACAAAACGUGCGUCUGUCCUGAUGGGUGGCGCGGAAGAAGUUGCAGAGAAGAGGUCUGCUCGCCCGAGUGUUUAAACGGUGGUAGCUGUGAAAAUGGAAAGUGCAAAUGCCCUUCAGGCUGGGAAGGAGACCGUUGUCAAAAUAUUGCGUGUACGAAGGUCUGUGCAAAUGGGGCAGCAUGUGUGAACGAUACAUGUGUUUGUAUUAAUGGCUGGGCAGGAGAACUUUGUACCAAAGCUACUUGUAUUCCGUACUGUAAGAACGGGGGAACCUGCGGAAGCCAACCAAACAAAUGUAUUUGCCCAAAUGGAUAUAACGACAAAACUAACUGCGAGGCGUCAUAUUGUAAUCCUGAUUGUGGUGUUGGCGGAAUUUGCGCCUAUAACGUCGCUGAGGGUAAAAUGAAGUGUUCAUGCAAGCAGGGAUACUUCGGUGCCGCGUGUGACCAAGUGAAUCCCUGUGAGAUGGACGUAGACGAAGGUGCAAGCUCCUACUUUCUCGCCGAAACUUUUGCCUUGAGUGACGCAGAUGCUCUGGGCUGGAAGACCGAUGCUGCAACCCAAAAAGCGUGUUUGAAAUACCUUGAGGAAGUCAAUAAUCAGUGCCCUUCAUUAAAGACAUUAUUCAAUCAAAUUGAAUGCGAGAAAUACUGCCUUCCCGACGAAACAGAUGAGGUAUGUAGAAAGAUUUGGGAUCCUGAGAGUUCGGGAUAUUCAAAAAGCAGAAUUCCGCGUGGAAACCAGUCGGUUUACUACGACGCUGAGUCUAAUACGUGCAAGAAUUUCUCGACACUUGGCUGUCUAGGAAAUGCGAAUAACUUUGGUAGCAUGAAGAGCUGUGAGGACAAAUGCAUCCGCACUGCUUCAAAAUUGCCAUUCAUAAACACAACUGGAACUUGCUUUGUCACUGGGAGAGAUCAUUUCAACACGUUUGAUAACACGCCCUACAGAUUCUUUCAGGAAAAUUGUUCACAAAUGCUUGUCUUGGACAAAGAAAAUCCCGAGGAGUUUAAGGUGGUCCUGAACGGGAAUUCGGGUUGCGAAAUGAUUUAUCCUUGUCAGAAAUCUCUGGAGUUGAUUUUAGAUGGUGCGAAAGUAUACCUUGGAGCUAAGACCAACACUACGUUUAUCGUGAAAGUCAAUGAUAAACCGGUUCAUCUUCCAUAUACGGAUUCGUGGCCUUAUGUCAAAAAGAGCGGUCGUUAUGUUUUGGUGAAAUCGCAAGAUCACAUCAACAUUCUGUGGGACGGUGUACAAGAUGUCAUUAUCAAAGUUCCGGAUAGCUAUAAGCACUCUAAGGAGCAUAAGUUGGUGGGUCUGUGCGGUCUUUUUGACGCGAACAGUACGAACGACUUUACUGACAUCGAAGGCAAUGUAAGGGGGAAAGAGGAUAUCAAAGACUUCGCGGACAGCUUCAAACAGGACGUCAGUUGCGGUAACAGUCAGAAUAGCAAGCCCCCCAAUAGAACAGCCAGUGACAUACGCGAAAUCGAGGAAAAGUGUAGUUUGUUGGGGGACAUGUUCGGCCCUUUCGGGCCGUGCCAUAAUUCUACCGAUUACCGGCCUUUUAUGGGAGUGUGCAUGUCGGACUUGUACGAAACUAGCAAGCAAUUCUGGGACGAAGCGAAAUGCGACUCGUUCGCCCUCUACGCCCGUGUUUGCGCAUGGUUCCACCGUACGUCGGUCAAAGGAUGGAGGACGCCGAAUAGUUGUCCAAUCACGUGCCCAGCUGGAUUCGUGUACAAUGAAUGUGGAUCGUCGUGCCCACUGAAUUGCCGAAAUCUCAACAGCAAAAAUGCCGGUUGUAAUUCGCCCUGCACUGACGGAUGUCAUUGCCCUGAAGGAAAGUGGCUGGACGGCAAUGUUUGUGUUGAAAAAAGCAAGUGCUCCUGUAUGUAUCGAAAAGUAGUCUACCCUAAUGGAGCGCAAAGAGUGGAACCAUGUGAAACAUGUACUUGUAACGGUGGAGAGUGGUUGUGUUCAAAGAAGCCCUGUCCAGGAACUUGCUCCGUCAUUGGCGACCCUCACGUCACAACUUUUGACGGCAAGACGUACACCAUGCAUUUGAAGGAAUGCUCGUAUGUAAUGUCAGAGCAGUGUCACAUGCCUAAUGGAGUAGGCCGGGGUUACUCCAUUACCAUUCGUAACAGGAACUGCACAGCAAUGUACGCAAAUUGUAAACGGGAAGUGCUAGUGAAUGUCACUGGCCAACCUUUCUUAAUUUUGGACGUCGAGGAUGGUACCAGUAAGCCGACUGCUUCCAUCGAGACUCAAAGUGGCAGCGUGACGAGUGUCAAAACGGAUUACUCCGCCGAGAAGAUGGAUGUCGAAUUUCUUGGUGACCGAAACAUUUUUGUUCGUGUCAACCUUGGGAAUGGAGUGGCAUUUUCUAUCCACUGGACUGGCUACAACAUUUACUUGACCGUGAACUCGACGCUAAAAGACCAAACAUGUGGUCUUUGUGGUACAUUCAAUGAUAUGAAAGAGGAUGACUUCCACAUGCGCAGUAAUGACGACAUAGUGUCCAUCGACGAAUUCGCCAAGGAAUGGCUGAUCCCAGAUCUCUCCGAUGAAAAAUGCGAGACAGAGAGCGUGGUAAGCUCGAUUAACUACUGCAAUAUUUAUCAACAAAACAAACAGUGGACUCUUGAUCAGUGUUUCAAAUUAAAAGAUACUUCCCUUCCGUUCGCUGCCUGUCACAGCGAGGUGAGUGUGCUGGAGUACUAUGAAAAGUGUGUUCAAGAUGGAUGUCGAUGCAAGGGAUGCCUGUGUAAAGUCAUAGCAGGGUAUGCAAAGGCCUGUGCGGACAAGGGGAUUGAUUUGAACGGAUGGAGAAACUUAGUUUCCAGCUGCGCGGAAGAUUACCAGUGCGGUGCAGACAUGAAGCUUGAGCAAUGUCAUAGACAUAACAACGGCUCAUUAGCUUGUCCUCAGACUUGCGAGGAUCUAAAUCCCGACCAAGACGGAGAUUGCAGGAGACGUGGCUGCGUAGAAGCUUGCUACUGUAAAAAUGAGGAUCAGGUUCUGAGGAGCAAUAAAUGCGUGCUAAAGGAGGAAUGUCCUUGUUACUUUGAAGGGAAAGAGUACGAGAAGGGAGCCACACGAUUUGUCCGAUGCAACACUUGCACUUGCAAAGGAGGUGGACAGUGGGAGUGUACAGAUGACGACUGUGAUAAAAUGUGCGCUAAGGAAGGAAAGGUGUACUCAGACUGCGGUCUUACAUGCGACAAUUACCUGAUGAGUGACAUCUCACGACAGUCCCGGUGUAAGCGGGGAUGUUUCUGUCCUGGUGAUCAACUGCUCCUUGAGAACGGAACAUGUGUGGAAAAGAAUCAGUGUGGCUGUAAACACAACAACAAAAUUUACCAGAAGGGUGAAACCAACCCAGUUGAUUGCUCAAAAACUUGCAACGGCGCUCGUGAAUGGAUCUCUGACAACAUGAUCAAUCCGUCGCCGGAAUACGAGUGCGCCGCAACGGGUCAGGAUCAUUAUCGAUCAUUUGAUGGAAGAUGGAUCAAGUUUCAUCAGGAGAGCUGCAAGUUUACCAUGAUGAAAGAAGAUACUGUCGAAAUCUCUGUCAAAAACGAACCAUGCAGGGAUUCACUGGAGUUGCAGAUGUGCAAACGAGUUGAAAUUAAAUUAGAGGGAGGAGCAACUGUGGAGUUGUUCCAAAAGGAAUUUAGCAUUAUUCAAAAUCCGAAUACAAAAACUUACAAACCCGGACAAUAUCCCGAGCCGUGCCGGAUGAUGUCAGACCUUCCUAAUGUAGAGAUUUUUCACGUGGGGUUGUUCCUUAUCGCUCGUAUUUACGAGAAAAAUAACCCUUUCUUCGUUAAAUUUGAGGUUCGAUUUGACCAAGGUUCCCGGGUAUACAUUACGCCCAAUCCAGCCUAUAGGAAGGCUGGCAAGCUUUCUGGUCUGUGUGGCAACUUCAACGGACUCGUUCAGGAUGACCUGCGGCUUCGCGAUAAUGUCACGGCAAAUGAUGACGUUGAGUUUGGUUAUGAUUGGAAAGAUGACGAUGACUGCCCCCGUCCAGUGUCUCUUGAUCCUUGUUUGUCAAAUCCAUCUCGCCAAGGCUGGGCCGAGAAAGGUUGCAACGAGAUCAAGAGAAAUGCCAACUUCAAAGCAUGCCACGAUACUGUGGACCCUGAGCCUUACUUCCAGGCCUGUAAGCACGAGUCUUGCCUCUGCAACAAAGGAGGGGAUUGCGCAUGCUUCUGUUCAGCGAUAGCAACUUACGUUCGAGCCUGUAAUCAGAUGGGCAUCUCAAUCACGUGGCGUCGUGAAGGCUUUUGCGAACUACCAUGUUGUCGUCCCUGUGAAAAUACUGGUGGUUACCUUGCCAACAUUAGUUUACCUUCAACUUGCGAGCAGACUCCAAAGGAUUGCGAAAAACUGGGGGCAAGGUGCUGCCGAGGACCCCGUGUGGAAGGGUGUUCAUGUCCCAAUGGAACGUUCUUCGAUGGCAAGAAAUGUGUUAAUCAGACAAGCGAGUGCGAGAGGCCUUGCGUUGGCUCAUCCACUGUCACGCUCUCCACAUCAAGUGUGUCAAGUACAAGCAGCAUCAGCAUUUCAAGUUCCUCGAGUGCAAGCACAUCUACCUCAACAUCCUCAAGUACAAGCACAAGUACUUCUACAUCAGUGUCCACCAGUGUGUCUACCUCUGCCUCAACCAGUGUGAGCACUACUUCAUCGGUGUCAACGAGUGUAUCAACAUUGGUCUCAACUGGUAUUCCUAGCAGCUUAAGUACGUCAACGUUGACCUCGAAGUCUACCCCAACCAGUAUAUCUACGUCGAUAUCUACUAGCUUGUCCAGUUCACCGCUAUACACUCAAGGUCAAUCAUCCUACGGCGCAAGUGUAUCAAAAUCAGUUUUUAAUGUGUCUUCGACCGAGUCAACGUCCGAGGCGAUAUUUCCCCCACGCUCGUCAUAUCAACGAUUUUCAGAGAAAACAACAGCCACUGUGUUCCCCUCGUCUGCGUACAGUUUGUCCUCUAAUGAACAGUAUUCAAUACCUACAUCAAGUAGGAAGCCGCCGAGUUUGAAGCCUCCGACGACAUCUUCUACAUCAAGUGUCUCAUCUUCCAGUAAAUCUAUAUCAACUUCAACAAGCACCUCAAUAAGUUCAAGCUCAAGCUCAACCUCUAGAAGUUCAAGCAGGUCGACUAGUGUUUCCACAAGUGUAUCAACUUCAUUAAGUACAAGUACUUCCACAUCAACCUCAACAAGUGUCAGUACUUCGUCAUCACUAUCCAGCAGUGUGUCAACCUCAACCUCAACAAGCGUAUCUACAUCAGUUAGCACCAGCACGUCUAUUACAACGUCAUCAUCAACAAGCACUAGUACACCAACAACGUCAGUUUCCACCACGUCAUUAAGUGCUAGCACAAGUACUUCAGCAUCAGUGUCCACCAGUGAGUCUACCUCCACUUCAAAAAGUCUAAGUACUUCAACUUCAAUGUCCACUAGUGUGUCUACUUCAACAUCAACUAGUGUAAGUACACCAUCAACUUCAGUUUCCACUACAUUGUCAAGUGCCAGCACAAGUACUUCAACAUCGGUAUCCACCACUGUGUCCACUUCAACCUCAACAAGUAUAAGCACACCAACAACUACCUCAACAUCACCGUCGACUAGUGUGUCUACAUCCACCACAACUAGUGUGAGUACACCAACAACAUCUGUUUCCACUACAUUGUCAAGUGCCAGCACAAGUACUUCAACAUCGGUGUCUAGUAGUGUGUCUACAUCCACUUCCACAAGUGUGAGUACACCAACAACGUCAGUUUCCAUUCCAUUGUCAAGUGCCAGCACAAGUACUUCAACAUCAGUGUCUACUAGUGUCACAAGCAUUUCAACAUCAACAUCGGCAAGUAUUAGUACACCAACUACAACAGUUUUCUCGACAUACUCAAGUGCCAGUACAAGUACGUCAACCUCACUGUCUACCAGUGUAUCAACAUCAACGUCGACUAGUGUGAGUACACCAACUACGUCCGUUUCCACUACACUAUCAAGUGCCAGCACAAGUACCUCAACAUCACCGUCGACUAGUGUGUCUACAUCCACCACAACUAGCGUGAGUACACCAACAACAUCUGUUUCCACUACAUUGUCAAGUGCCAGCACAAGUACUUCAACAUCAGUGUCUAGUAGUGUGUCUACAUCCACUUCCACAAGUGUGAGUACACCAACAACGUCAGUUUCCAUUCCAUUGUCAAGUGCCAGCACAAGUACUUCAACAUCAGUGUCUACUAGUGUGUCUACCUCGACGUCAACAAGUAAGUCGACAUCAAUCUCAACCUCUGCCUCAACAUCAACUAGUGUUUCGACCUCUGUUAGCACAAGCAUUUCAACAUCAACAUCGGCAAGUAUUAGUACACCAACUACAACAGUUUUCUCGACAUACUCAAGUGCCAGUACAAGUACGUCAACCUCACUGUCUACCAGUGUAUCAACAUCAACGUCGACUAGUGUGAGUACACCAACUACGUCCGUUUCCACUACACUAUCAAGUGCCAGCACAAGUACCUCAACAUCACCGUCGACUAGUGUGUCUACAUCCACCACAACUAGCGUGAGUACACCAACAACAUCUGUUUCCACUACAUUGUCAAGUGCCAGCACAAGUACUUCAACAUCAGUGUCUAGUAGUGUGUCUACAUCCACUUCCACAAGUGUGAGUACACCAACAACGUCAGUUUCCAUUCCAUUGUCAAGUGCCAGCACAAGUACUUCAACAUCAGUGUCUACUAGUGUGUCUACCUCGACGUCAACAAGUAAGUCGACAUCAAUCUCAACCUCUGCCUCAACAUCAACUAGUGUUUCGACCUCUGUUAGCACAAGCAUUUCAACAUCAACAUCGGCAAGUAUUAGUACACCAACUACAACAGUUUUCUCGACAUACUCAAGUGCCAGCACAAGUACUUCAACCUCAGUGUCCACCAGUGUAUCAACAUCAACGUCGACUAGUGUGAGUACACCAACUACGUCAGUUUCCACUACAUUAUCAAGUGCCAGCACAAGUACCUCAACAUCACUGUCGACUAGUGUGUCUACAUCCACCACAACUAGUGUGAGUACACCAACAACAUCUGUUUCCACUACAUUGUCAAGUGCCAGCACAAGUACUUCAACAUCAGUGUCUAGUAGUGUGUCUACAUCCACUUCCACAAGUGUGAGUACACCAACAACGUCAGUUUCCAUUCCAUUGUCAAGUGCCAGCACAAGUACUUCAACAUCAGUGUCUACUAGUGUGUCUACCUCGACGUCAACAAGUAAGUCGACAUCAAUCUCAACCUCUGCCUCAACAUCAACUAGUGUUUCGACCUCUGUUAGCACAAGCAUUUCAACAUCAACAUCGGCAAGUAUUAGUACACCAACUACAACAGUUUUCUCGACAUACUCAAGUGCCAGCACAAGUACGUCAACCUCAGUGUCCACCAGUGUAUCAACAUCAACGUCGACUAGUGUGAGUACACCAACUACGUCAGUUUCCACUACAUUAUCAAGUGCCAGCACAAGUACCUCAACAUCACCGUCGACUAGUGUGUCUACAUCCACCACAACUAGUGUGAGUACACCAACAACAUCUGUUUCCACUACAUCAACUAGUGUUUCGACCUCUGUUAGCACAAGCAUUUCAACAUCACCAUCGGCAAGUAUUAGUACACCAACUACAACAGUUUUUUCGACAUACUCAAGUGCCAGUACAAGUACGUCAACCUCACUGUCUACCAGUGUAUCAACAUCAACGUCGACUAGUGUGAGUACACCAACUACGUCAGUUUCCACUACACUAUCAAGUGCCAGCACAAGUACCUCAACAUCACUGUCGACUAGUGUGUCUACAUCCACCACAACUAGUGUGAGUACACCAACAACAUCUAUUUCCACUACAUUGUCAAGUGCCAGCACAAGUACUUCAACAUCAGUGUCUAGUAGUGUGUCUACAUCCACUUCCACAAGUGUGAGUACACCAACAACGUCAGUUUCCAUUCCAUUGUCAAGUGCCAGCACAAGUACUUCAACAUCAGUGUCUACUAGUGUGUCUACCUCGACGUCAACAAGUAAGUCGACAUCAAUCUCAACCUCUGCCUCAACAUCAACUAGUGUUUCGACCUCUGUUAGCACAAGCAUUUCAACAUCAACAUCGGCAAGUAUUAGUACACCAACUACAACAGUUUUCUCGACAUACUCAAGUGCCAGCACAAGUACUUUAACCUCAGUGUCCACCAGUGUAUCAACAUCAACGUCGACUAGUGUGAGUACACCAACUACGUCAAUUUCCACUACAUUAUCAAGUGCCAGCACAAGUACCUCAACAUCACCGUCGACUAGUGUGUCUACAUCCACCACAACUAGUGUGAGUACACCAACAACAUCUGUUUCCACUACAUUGUCAAGUGCCAGCACAAGUACUUCAACAUCAGUGUCUAGUAGUGUGUCUACAUCCACUUCCACAAGUGUGAGUACACCAACAACGUCAGUUUCCAUUCCAUUGUCAAGUGCCAGCACAGGUACUUCAACAUCAGUGUCUACUAGUGUGUCUACCUCGACGUCAACAAGUAAGUCGACAUCAAUCUCAACCUCUGCCUCAACAUCAACUAGUGUUUCGACCUCUGUUAGCACAAGCAUUUCAACAUCCACCACAACUAGUGUGAGUACACCAACAACAUCUGUUUCCACUACAUUGUCAAGUGCUAGCACAAGUACUUCAACAUCAGUAUCCACCAGCGUGUCCACAUCAACAUCAACAAGUGUGAGCACACCUACAACGUCAGUUUCUACUACUUUGUCGAGUGCCAGCGCAAGUAGAUCAACAUCAGUAUCCACCAGUGUGUCGAGAUCACUGAGCACUAGCACGUCCACGUCGACUUCGGCAUCCACUAGUGUUUCAACUUCAAUCUCGAUUAGUACGAGCUUGACCUCUACCAGCACAAGCGUUUCUACCUCACGGUCCACUACAGUGUCAGUGUCGUCAUAUCAAUCCGUUUCUGAGAAGACUGCAGUCACUUUUUUCCCGUCGUCUGCGUACAGUCGGUCCUCUAAUGUACAGUAUUCAAUACCUACAUCAAGUAGGAAGCCGCCGAGUUUAAAACCUCCGACGAGAUCCUCUACAUCAAGUGUCUCAUCUUCCAGCACGUCUCCAUCAACAUCAAAAUCAACAUCUUUGAGUUCAAGUAAGUCAACAAGUGUGACGACAUCAGCGAGUAGCAGUACAUCAACCUCAACCUCAAAGAGUGUUAGCACACCAACAACCACAGUUUUCUCGACGUAUUCCAGUGCCAGCACAAGUACCUCAACAUCAGUGUCCACCAGUGUAUCGACUUCAACCUCAACUAGUGUAAGCAGUCCAACCACAUCGGUUUCCACGACAUAUUCAAGUGGCAGAAAAAGUUAUUCAACUUCAGUAUCCACCUCUGUGUCUACUUCAACGUCAACUAGCUUAUCGAGAUCACGUAGCACAAGUACAUCUACAUCAAAAUCGACAUCAACUAGUGUCAGUACCCCAACAACCACUGUGUUCUCCACAUAUUCCAGUGCCAGCACAAGUACCUCAACAUCAGUAUCCACUAGUGCGUCUACUUCCACCUCAUCAAGUGUGAGCACUCCAACAACAUCAGUCUCAACGACAUACUCAAGUGGCAGCAAAAGUUAUUCAACUUCAAUAUCCACAAGUUUAUCAACGUCGACAUCAACGAGCUUUUCCACAUCAGUUACUGCCAGUACAUCCAAGUCGACUUCAGCAUCAUCAAGUCUAAGUACUCCAACAACCACAGUAUACUCAACCUAUUCAAGUGCCAGCGUAAGUACGUCAAUAUCGGUGUCGAAAAGUACUUCAACAUCAGUGUCCACCAGUGUGUCUACUUCCACUUCAACUAGUGUGAGUACACCAACAACGUCAAUUUCCACCACAUUGUCAAGUGCCAGUACAAGUACUUCCACAUCAGUGUCGACUAGUGUGUCUACAUCCACCUCAACUAGUGUGAGUACACCAACAACGUCUGUUUCCACCACAUUUUCAAGUGCCAGCACAAGUACUUCAACGUCAAUAUCUUCCAGUGUGUCUACUUCAGCAUCAACAAGUAAGUCGAAAUCAACUUCAACCUCUGCUUCAACAUCAACAAGUGCUUCAACGUCCCUUAGCACAAGCACCUCAGCAUCAAAAAGUGUUAGUACACCAACUACGACAGUUUUCUCGACAUACUCAAGUGCGAGCACAAGUACUUCAGUAUCCACCAGUGCAUCUACAUCAACGUCAACUAGUGUAAGUACGCCAACAACAUCGGUGUCCAAGACCUUGUCAAGUGCGAGCACAAGUACAUCAACAUCAGUAUCCACCAGCGUGUCUACAUCAACAUCAACAAGUGUGAGCACACCAACAACGUCGACUUCUACAACAUUGUCAAGUGCGAGUUUAAGUACAUCAACAUCAGUAUCCACCAGUGUAUCUACAUCAACGUCAACUAGUGUGAGUACGCCAACCACGUCAGUUUCCACGACACUGUCAAGUGCCAGCACAAGUACUUCAACAUCAUUAUCCACAAGCGUGUCCUCAUCAACAUCAUCAAGUCUAAGUACUCCAACAACCACAGUAUUCUCAACCUAUUCAAGUGCCAGCGUAAGUACGUCAAUAUCAGUGUCGACAAGUACCUCAAUAUCAGUGUCCGCCAGUGUGUCUACUUCUACUUUAACUAGUGUAAGUACGCCAACAACGUCAGUUUCCACUACAUUGUCUAGUGGGAGUAAGAGUACUUCAGCAUCGGUAUCCACCAGUGUAUCAACAUCAAUGUCAACUAGUGUAAGUACACCAACAACUUCAAUUUCCACCACAUUGUCAAGUGCCAGUACAAGUACUUCCACAUCAGUGUCGACUAGUGUGUCUACAUCCACCUCAACUAGUGUGAGUACACCAACAACGUCAGUUUCCACCACAUUGUCAAGUGCCAGCACAAGUACUUCAACGUCAAUAUCUUCCACAUCAACAAGUGUCAGUACACCAACUACGACAGUUUUCUCGACGUACUCAAGUGCGAGCACAAGUACUACAUUGUCAAGUACAAGUACAAGUAUUUCAACAUCAGUAUCCACCAGUGUAUCUACAUCAACAUCAACUAGUGUGAGUACGCCAACCAUGUCAGCUUCCACUACAUUGUCAAGUGCUAGCACAAGUACUAUAACAUCAGUGUCGACUAGCGUGUCUACAUACACCUCAACUAGUGUGAGUACGCCAACCACAAGUACCUCAACAUCAGUAUCUACCAGCGUGUCCACGUUAACAUCGACAAGUGUGAGCACACCAACAACGUCAGUGUCGACGACAUUUUCGAGUGCCAGCACAAGUACCUCAACAUCAGUAUCUACCAGCGUGUCCACAUCAACAUCGACAAGUGUGAGCACACCAACAACGUCAGUGUCCACGACAUUUUCAACAAGUGUUAGUACACCAACUACGACAGUUUUCUCGACAUACUCAAGUGCGAGCACAAGUACUUCAACAUCAGUAUCCACCAGUGUAUCUACAUCAACAUCAACUAGUGUGAGUACACCAACAACAUCGGUGUCUAAGACCUUGUCAAGUGCGAGUACAAGCACAUCAACAUCAGUGUCCACAAGUGUGUCUAUACCAACUUCAACAAGCGUAAGCACACCAACAACGUCAAUUUCGACUAUAUUGUCAAGUGCCAGCACAAGUAUUUCAACAUCAGUGUCCACCAGCGUGUCUACGUCAACAUCAACUAGUGUGAGUACACCAUCUACGUCAUUGUCUACCACUUUUUCAAGUGUCAGUACGAGUACAUCAACAUCAGUAUCCACCAGUGUGUCGAGAUCACUGAGCAGUAGCACGUCGACAUCGACCUCAGCAUCCACCAGUGUUUCAACUUCAAUCUCAAUUAGUACAAGCUUGAGUUCGAGUGCGUCGAUAUCAACUACAACAAGUGCAUCCAUUCCCACCUCUACCAGCACAAGCAUUUCUACUUCAAGGUCCACUACAGUGUCAGCAUCGUCAUAUCAAUCGGUUUCUGAGAAAACUGCAGUCACUUUUUUCCCGUCAUCUGCGUACAGUCGGUCCUCUAAUGUACAGUAUUCAAUACCUACAUCAAGUAGGAAGCCGCCGAGUUUGAAGCCUCCGACGAGAUCCUCUACAUCAAGUGUCUCAUCUUCUAGCACAUCUACAUCAACAUCAAAAUCAACAUCUUUGAGUUCAAGUAAGUCGACGAGCGUAACGACAUCAGCGAGUACCAGUACAUCCACCUCAACCUUAAAGAGCGUCAGCACACCAACAACCACAGUUUUCUCGACGUAUUCCAGUGCCAGCACAAGUACCUCAACAUCAGUGUCCACCAGUGUAUCGACUUCAACCUCAACUAGUGUAAGCAGUCCAACCACAUCGGUUUCCACGACAUAUUCAAGUGGCAGCAAAAGUUAUUCAACUUCAGUAUCCACCUCUGUGUCUUCAACAUCAACUAGCUUAUCGAAAUCACGUAGCACAAGUACAUCUACAUCAAAAUCGACAUCAACUAGUGUCAGUACCCCAACAACCACUGUGUUCUCCACAUAUUCCAGUGCCAGCACAAGUACCUCAACAUCAGUAUCCACCAGUGUGUCUACUUCCACCUCAUCAAGUGUGAGCACUCCAACAACAUCAGUCUCAACGACAUACUCAAGUGGCAGCAAAAGUUAUUCAACUUCAAUAUCCACAAGUUUAUCAACGUCGACAUCAACGAGCUUUUCCACAUCAGUUACUGCCAGUACAUCCAAGUCGACUUCAGCAUCAUCAAGUCUAAGUACUCCAACAACCACAGUAUACUCAACCUAUUCAAGUGCCAGCGUAAGUACGUCAAUAUCGGUGUCGAAAAGUACUUCAACAUCAGUGUCCACCAGUGUGUCUACUUCCACUUCAACUAGUGUGAGUACACCAACAACGUCAAUUUCCACCACAUUGUCAAGUGCCAGUACAAGUACUUCCACAUCAGUGUCGACUAGUGUGUCUACAUCCACCUCAACUAGUGUGAGUACACCAACAACGUCUGUUUCCACCACAUUUUCAAGUGCCAGCACAAGUACUUCAACGUCAAUAUCUUCCAGUGUGUCUACUUCAGCAUCAACAAGUAAGUCGAAAUCAACUUCAACCUCUGCUUCAACAUCAACAAGUGCUUCAACGUCCCUUAGCACAAGCACCUCAGCAUCAAAAAGUGUUAGUACACCAACUACGACAGUUUUCUCGACAUACUCAAGUGCGAGCACAAGUACUUCAGUAUCCACCAGUGCAUCUACAUCAACGUCAACUAGUGUAAGUACGCCAACAACAUCGGUGUCCAAGACCUUGUCAAGUGCGAGCACAAGUACAUCAACAUCAGUAUCCACCAGCGUGUCUACAUCAACAUCAACAAGUGUGAGCACACCAACAACGUCGACUUCUACAACAUUGUCAAGUGCGAGUUUAAGUACAUCAACAUCAGUAUCCACCAGUGUAUCUACAUCAACGUCAACUAGUGUGAGUACGCCAACCACGUCAGUUUCCACGACACUGUCAAGUGCCAGCACAAGUACUUCAACAUCAUUAUCCACAAGCGUGUCCUCAUCAACAUCAACAAGUGUGAGCACACCAACAACGUCAAUUUCUUCUACUUUGUCAAGUGCCAGCACUAGUACUUCAACAUCAGUGUCGACUAGCGUGUCUACAUCCACCUCAACUAGUGUGAGUACACCAACCACGUCAGCGUCCACGACAUUGUCAAGUGCCAGCACAAGUACUUCAACGUCAAUAUCUUCCAGUGUGUCUACUUCAGCAUCAACAAGUAAGUCGAAAUCAACUUCAACCUCUGCUUCAACAUCACAUAGUGCUUCAACGUCCCAUAGCACAAGCACCUCGACAUCGACAUCAGCAAGUGUAAGCACACCAACUACGACAGUUUUCUCGACAUACUCAAGUGCGAGCACAAGUACUUCAACAUCAGUAUCCACCAGUGUAUCUACAUCAACGUCAACUAGUGUGAGUACACCUACAACGUCGGUGUCCAAGACCUUGUCAAGUUCGAGUACAAGUACAUCAACAUCAGUAUCUACCAGUGCGUCUACUUCAACUUCAACAAGUGUAAGCACACCAACAACGUCAAUUUUCACUAAAUUCUCAAGUGCAAGUACAAGUACAUCAACAUCAGUAUCCACCAGUGUAUCUACAUCAACGUCAACUAGUGUGAGUACACCAACAACAUCAGUUUCCACGACAUUGUCAAGUGCCAGCAAAAGUACUUCAACAUCAGUAUCCACUAGCGUGUCAACAUCAACAAGUGUAAGCACACCAACAAAGUCAAUAUCUACUACUUUUUCAAGUGCCAGUACUAGUACUUCAACAUCAGUGUCGACUAGCGUGUCUACAUCCACCUCAACUAGUGUGAGUACACCAACCACGUCAGUGUCCACGACAUUGUCAAGUGCCAGCACAAGUACUUCAACGUCAAUAUCUUCCAGUGUGUCCACUUCAGCAUCAACAAGUAAAUCGAAAUCAGCUUCAAUCUCUGCUUCAACAUCAACUAGUGCUUCAACGUCUAUUAGCGCAAGCACCUCAACAUCAACAUCGGCAAGUGUUAGUACACCAACCACGACAGUUUUCUCGACGUUCUCAAGUGCAAGCACAAGUACUUCAACAUCAGUAUCCACCAGUGUAUCUACAUCAAUGUCAACUAGUGUAAGUACGCCAACAACAUCGGUGUCCAAGACCUUGUCAAGUGCGAGUACAAGUACAUCAACAUCAGUAUCUACUAGUGUGUCUACUUCAACCUCAACAAGUGUAAGCGCACCAACGACGUCAAUUUCCACUACAUUGUCAAGUGCCAGUACAAGUACUUCAACAUCAGUGUCCACCAGCGUGUCCACAUCAAUAUCAACAAGUGUGAGCACACCAACAACGUCAAUUUCUACUACUUUGUCAAGUGCCAGUACUAGUACUUCAACAUCAGUGUCGACUAGUGUGUCUACAUCUACGUCAACCAGUGUGAGUACACCAACAACGUCAGUGUCCACGACAUUGUCAAGUGCCAGCACAAGUACUUCAACAUCAGUAUCCACCAGUGUGUCUACAUCAACAGGAACAAGUGUGAGUACACCAACAACUUCAAUUUCUUCUACUUUGUCAAGUGCUAGUACUAGUACAUCAGCAUCAGUGUCCACCAGCUUGUCUACUUCCACGUCAGCUAGUGUCAGCACACCAACAACGUCGGUUUCUUCGACUUAUUCUAGUGGCAGUUCAAGUUACUCAAAGUCAAUUAGCACCAGUUUGUCUAUUUCGACCUCAAGAAGUGUGUCCACAUCGUUGAGCACAAGCACGUCUAAGUCAACGUCAGCAUCCACAAGUGUUUCAACUUCAAUCUCGAUUGGUACAAGCUUAAGCUCGAGUGCCUUGACUUCAACUCCAACAAGUGCAUCUACCACCACCUCUAUCAGCAGAAGUAUAUCAACGUCAACCUCAACUAGUACAAGUUUGAGCUCCAGUACGUCGACAUUAACCACAACAAGUGUAUCCACUUCCACAAGCGUAAGCAUUCCUACUUCAAGGUCCACUACAGUUUCAUCAUCGUCAUAUCAAUCAGUUUCUGAGAAGACGGCAGUCACGUUUUUCCCGUCAUCUGCAUACAGUCGGUCCUCUAAUGUACAGUAUUCAAUACCUACAUCAAGUAGGAAGCCGCCGAGUUUGAAGCCUCCGACGAGAUCCUCUACAUCAAGUGUCUCAUCUUCUAGCACGUCUACAUCAACAUCGCGAUCAACAUCUUUGAGUUCAAGUAAGUCAACAAGUGUGACGACAUCAGCGAGUACCAGUACAUCCACCUCAACCUCAAAGAGUGUCAGUACACCGACAACCACAGUUUUCUCAACAUAUUCCAGUGUCAGCACAAGUACCUCAAAAUCAGUAUCCACCAGUGUGUCUACCUCAACCUCGACUAGUGUGAGCAAUCCAACCACAUCACUUUCAACGACAUAUUCAAGUGGCAGCAAAAGUUAUUCAACUUCAGUAUCCACCAGUGUAUCAACUUCAACAUCGACGAGCAUAUCAACAUCACAUAGCACCAGUGCAUCCACAUCACAAUCGACAUCAACUAGUGUCAGUACUCCAACAACCACAGUUUUCUCAACAUAUUCCAGUGCCAGCACAAGUACCUCAACAUCUGUAUCCACUAGUGUGUCUACCUCAACCUCAACAAGUGUGAGUAGAGCUACAACAUCGGUAUCCUCCCCUUUGUCAAGUGCCAGCACAAGUACUUCAACGUCAAUAUCCACCAGUGUGUCUACAUCAACCUCUGCUUCAAAAUCAACCAGUGUUUCAACUUCCAUUAGCUCAAGCACCUCUACCUCAACAAGUUUUAGCACUCCAACAACAACAGUUUUCUCGACAUACUCCAGUGCCAGCACAAGUACCUCAACAUCAAUAUCCACUAGUGUGUCGUCUUCAACCUCAACUAGUGUAAGCACACCAACAACGUCAGUUUCCACUUAUUCGAGUGGCAGCAAAAGUUAUUCAACUUCAGCAUCCUCAACAACAAGUAAGUCAAAAUCGAUCUCAUCCUCUGCCUCAACAUCAACUAGUGUGUCAACUUCUGUUAGUACAAGCACCUCUUCAUCAACAUCUACAAGUGUCAGUACACCAACCACAACAGUAUUCUCUACAUACUCAAGUGCCAGCACAAGCACCUCGACAUCAAUAUCCACCAGUAUGUCCACCUCAACGUCAACUAGUGUGAGUACACCAACGACAUCGGUUUCCAAGACAUUUUCAAGUGCAAGCACGAGUACUUCGAAGUCAGUGACCACCAGUGUGUCUACGUCCACUUCUACAUCUGUUUCAACAUCGACUUCACCCAGUUCAAGUAAAUCAAAAAGUGUAUCAACAUCACUAAGCACAAGCACUUCCAUAUCAACCUCAACAAGUGUUAGUACACCAACAACCACAGUUUUCUCUACGUAUUCCAGUGCCAGUACAAGUACCUCAACAUCAAUAUCCACCAGUGUGUCCACUUCAACCUCAACGAGUGUGAGCACUCCAACAACAUCGGUGUCUACGACAUUUUCCAGUGCAAGCAGUUCAACAUCAGUGUCCACCAGUGUGUCUACCUCAACUUCGAGCUCUGCUUCAAUAUCAAGUAGUGUUUCAACUUCUGUUAGCAGAAGCACCUCCACGUCAACAUCGGCAAGUGUCAGUACACCAACUACAACAAUUUUCUCGACGUACUCAAGUGUCAGCACCAGUGCGUCAACAUCAAUAUCCACUAGUGUGUAUACCUCAACCUCAACUAGUGUGAGUACACCAACGACAUCGGUUUCUAAGACAUUGUCGAGUACCAGCACAAGUACCUCGACAUCAGUAUCUACGAGUGUGUCUACGUCCACCUCUACAUCUGUUUCAACAUCGACUUCAACCUCAAGAAGUGUUAGUAAGUCAACAAGUGUUUCAAAGAGUACAUCAAUAUCAGUUAGCACUAGCAUAUCAAAGACGACCCCAACAAGCACAUUGACAUCCACCAGUACAAGUACGUCGAAGUCAACAAGUGUGUCCACUUUCAUAUCUUCUAGCACCAGCUCGAUGUCCUCGUCAUAUCAACUAGUUUCUGAGAAGACUACAGGCACUGUUUUCCCAUCUAGUGCACUAACAAGAAGUACAGGGACACAGUAUUCUAUACCUACAUCGAGUAGAAAGCCACCAAGUUUGAAGCCGCCGACACGGUCAUCCACAUCAAGUGUAUCAACCUCUAAAAGUUCUAGUAAGUCAACAAGUGUCAGUACAAGCACCUCAACAUCAGCGUCCACAAGUGUGUCCACUUCGACCUCAGCAACUGGGAGCACUCCAACGACAUCAGUUUCAAAGACAUAUUCCAGUGCAAGCACAAGUACUUCAACAUCCGUAUCCACAAGUGUGUCUACUUCAACCUCAACUAGUGUGAGCACUCCAACAACGUCAGUUUCCAAAACUCUUUCAAGCGCAAGCACAAGUAUCUCAACUUCAGUGUCUACGAGUGUGUCUACAUCCACCUCUACAUCUGUUUCACCAUCGGCUUCAUUAAGUUCGAGUAAGUCAACAAGUACCUCAACAUCGGCUAGUACAAGUACAGCCAAGUCAACAUCAACAAGUGUCAGCACUCCAACAACCACAGUGUUCUCGACAUAUUCCAGUGCCAGCACUAGCACCUCAACGUCAAUUAGCACCAGUGUGUCCACUUCGACCUCAACAAGUUUAAGCACACCCACCACAUCUGCUUCCACGACAUAUUCCAGUGGCAGCAAGAGUUAUUCCACUUCAGUGUCCACCAGUGUGUCUACCUCAACGUCAACAAGUAAGUCGAAAUCAACCUCAAUCUCUGCCUCAACAUCAACUAGUAUUUCAACUUCUGUUAGCACAAGCACCUCCACGUCAACAUCUACAAGUGUCAGUACACCAACAACAACAAUAUUCUCGACAUAUUCAAGUGCCAGCACAAGUACCUCAUCAUCAAUAUCCACCAGUGUGUCUACCUCAACGUCAACUAGUGUGAGUAUACCGACAACAUCGGUUUCUAAGACAUUGUCAAGUGCCAGCACAAGUACUUCGACAUCAGUGUCUACGAGUGUGUCUACAUCCACCUCUACAUUUGUUUCACCAUCGACUUCACUGAGUUUGAGUAAGUCAACAAGUACCUCAACAUCGGCAAGUACAAGUACAACCAAGUCAACAUCAACAAGUGUCAGCACUCCAACAACCACAGUGUUCUCGACCUAUUCCAGUGCCAGCACUAGCACCUCAACGUCAAUUAGCACAAGUGUGUCCACUUCGACCUCAACAAGUUUAAGCACACCCACCACAUCUGCUUCCACGACAUAUUCCAGUGGCAGCAAGAGUUAUUCCACUUCAGUGUCCACCAGUGUGUCUACCUCAACGUCAACAAGUAAGUCGAAAUCAACCUCAACCUCUGCCUCAACAUCAACUAGUAUUUCAACUUCUGUUAGCACAAGCACCUCCACGUCAACAUCUACAAGUGUCAGUACACCAACAACAACAAUAUUCUCGACAUAUUCAAGUGCCAGCACAAGUACCUCAUCAUCAAUAUCCAUCAGUGUGUCUACCUCAACGUCAACUAGUGUGAGUAUACCGACAACAUCGGUUUCUAAGACAUUGUCAAGUGCCAGCACAAGUACUUCGGCGUCAGUGUCUACGAGUGUGUCCACAUCCACCUCUACAUCUGUUUCACCAUCGACUUCACUGAGUUCGAGUAAGUCAACAAGUACCUCAACAUCGGCAAGUACAAGUACAACCAAGUCAACAUCAACAAGUGUCAGCACCCCAACAACCACAGUGUUCUCGACCUAUUCCAGUGCCAGCACUAGCACCUCAACGUCAAUUAGCACCAGUGUGUCCACUUCGACCUCAACAAGUUUAAGCACACCCACCACAUCUGCUUCCACGACAUAUUCCAGUGGCAGCAAGAGUUAUUCCACUUCAGUGUCCACCAGUGUGUCUACCUCAACGUCAACAAGUAAGUCGAAAUCAACCUCAAUCUCUGCCUCAACAUCAACUAGUAUUUCAACUUCUGUUAGCACAAGCACCUCCACGUCAACAUCUACAAGUGUCAGUAUACCAACAACAACAAUAUUCUCGACAUAUUCAAGUGCCAGCACAAGUACCUCAUCAUCAAUAUCCACCAGUGUGUCUACCUCAACGUCAACUAGUGUGAGUAUACCGACAACAUCGGUUUCUAAGACAUUGUCAAGUGCCAGCACAAGUACUUCGACAUCAGUGUCUACGAGUGUGUCUACAUCCACCUCUACAUCUGUUUCACCAUCGACUUCACUGAGUUCGAGUAAGUCGACUAGUACAUCAACAUCGGCUAGUACCAGUACAACCAAGUCAACAUCAACAAGUGUCAGCACUCCAACAACCACAGUAUUCUCGACCUAUUCCAGUGCCAGCACUAGCACCUCAACGUCAAUUAGCACCAGUGUGUCCACUUCGACCUCAACAAGUUUAAGCACACCCACCACAUCUGCUUCCACGACAUAUUCCAGUGGCAGCAAGAGUUAUUCCACUUCAGUGUCCACCAGUGUGUCUACCUCAACGUCAACAAGUAAGUCGAAAUCAACCUCAAUCUCUGCCUCAACAUCAACUAGUAUUUCAACUUCUGUUAGCACAAGCACCUCCACGUCAACAUCUACAAGUGUCAGUACACCAACAACAACAAUAUUCUCGACAUAUUCAAGUGCCAGCACAAGUACCUCAUCAUCAAUAUCCACCAGUGUGUCUACCUCAACGUCAACUAGUGUGAGUAUACCGACAACAUCGGUUUCUAAGACAUUGUCAAGUGCCAGCACAAGUACUUCGACGUCAGUGUCUACGAGUGUGUCUAUAUCCACUUCUACAUCUGUUUCAACAUCGACUUCACUGAGUUCAAGUAAGUCAACAAGUACCUCAACAUCGGCUAGUAUCAGUACAACCAAGUCAACAUCAACAAGUGUCAGCACUCCAACAACCACAGUGUUCUCGACAUAUUCCAGUGCCAGCACUAGCACCUCAACGUCAAUGAGCACCAGUGUGUCCACUUCAACCUCAACAAGUUUAAGCACACCCACCACAUCUGCUUCCACGACAUAUUCCAGUGGCAGCAAGAGUUAUUCCACUUCAGUGUCCACCAGUGUGUCUACCUCAACGUCAACAAGUAAGUCGAAAUCAACCUCAACCUCUGCCUCAACAUCAACUAGUAUUUCAACUUCUGUUAGCACAAGCACCUCCGCGUCAACAUCUACAAGUGUCAGUACACCAACAACAACAAUAUUCUCGACAUAUUCAAGUGCCAGCACAAGUACCUCAUCAUCAAUAUCCACCAGUGUGUCUACCUCAACGUCAACUAGUGUGAGUAUACUGACAACAUCGGUUUCUAAGACGUUGUCAAGUGCCAGUACAAGUACUUCGACGUCAGUGUCUACGAGUGUGUCUACAUCCACCUCUACAUCUGUUUCACCAUCGACUUCACUGAGUUCGAGUAAGUCAACAAGUACCUCAAAAUCGGCAAGUACAAGUACAACCAAGUCAACAUCAACAAGUGUCAGCACUCCAACAACCACAGUGUUCUCGACAUAUUCCAGUGCUAGCACGAGCACUUCGACGUCAAUUAGUACUAGCGUGUCUACGUCGACCUCAACUAGUGUGAGCACUCCAACAACGUCAGUGUCCACGACAAUAUCAAGUGCCAGCACAAGUACUUCAACUUCAGUAUCUACAAGUAUAUCAACUUCAACCUCGAAAUCGAUUUCAAGAUCGACUUCAUUGAGUUCAAGUAAGUCAACAAGUGCCUCAACGUCACUUAGCAUCAGCACUUCCACAUCAACAUCAACAAGUGUCAGCAGCAGUAUCAGUGUCAGCACAUCAGUAUCAACGAGUGCGUCUACAUCAGUAUCUACUUCAACAUCAACAACCUUGUCUCGCUUCACCAGUUUGGUGACAACAACGACGCCAACCUUCACGACAUCUGUUUCUUCAUCGGCUUCAACGAGUCUGUCGAGCUCAAUCAGUCCAUCGCUGUCCUCCUCUGUUUCAACAUCGUUUAGUGUCUCGUCAAUCUGUCCAUCAUGCUUCUACAUUAACAGCAAAAAUGAGACGGAAUAUCACGCGCCCAACACUACCUGGACAGACGGGAGCUGCCUGAAGCUUAAGUGCGAACUUACUGUUAACCCAUGCUACCCUCUUAACCAAAGUGCACAGAUAAAAACAGAGCAUAUAAUUUGCGACAAAUGUCCAACGGGAUCUAUUCGACCUCCUGCCAAUGACAAAGAGUGUUGUCCUCCAUGUGAACCGGGUCCUAGCAGUGGCAAUUGUUUACUAAACAAGGGAAAAUUUGAUUACAUCAAGACAAAGGAAAACUGCACGUCCAGGAUUAAGUAUCAGCACAACACAUGCCGCGGAAGGUGCGAGUCCACGUCCACUUCAACGUAUGGUGAGACCGGCUUGGAUUCGUUCUGCGCAUGUUGCCAGCCUUCAGUGGGAAAACUCUGGACUGCGACUCUGGACUGCCCUAACAAUGAAGUGCGAUCGACAAACUUUUUCGAGAUUAGAGCGUGUCGCUGUCGACAGUUCAAGUGUGUUUCUGAGCAAGACAAAAGCGGAAUGGAAGAGAUUAACGAAAAAGGUCAAGUUGUGGACAUCAACCAACAGAGUGUCGGCCGAAGACGUCGCCGUUAAUCAAUUACAGGGGAAGGACUGGGUCAAAUUAUCAACUAUCUCACAAAUUCUUAACCUUAUAUGAUGGGGGAGUUAAUGUUUAAUAAAAAUGUACCGGAUAUGUAAA